CUUCGGCUGGGAUCUCAAGUCCUUGUUGCUGACCACACACCAGAGACGGUGCCAGGCAUUGCUUUCUGCAGGUAAACUCGACGAAGCCCUCGAAGCACACAAACACAUGAUGGACACCAUCGACGACCUUGCGAAGGCCAGCUGUCUCGAUUGGUCCAACGAGUUCAAGGAGAAAUGCAGCACGCUCGCUGCGGACAACGACCGUUUUCUUGGUGUAUAUACCUCUUUCCUUACCUCCUUCGAUACUGACUAUUAUGCAGGCAGAGAUCCCCGGGCAAGAUCAUGAUGGCUAUGAUGCAGAUCCCAAUUUCUUCUAUGGAACGCAUCAACAUUCUCAGAUUUCCAGGCCAAGAAUUCAACAAAGCUCUGGGCGCCUCAAAAGAUUCAGGCUCGCUAUGACGAGGAGGCCUCAGGAAGCUCCUACUCCUGCUCCUGCUCCUGCACCACCCACCACCUCACCACCAGUCGCUGUCACCACCACCAUCAAAACUCAUUUACGGCACCUAUUCUCCCGGUCACCCCAUCAUGCAACACCGCCCGUUGUCGAUGUUCCAUUCACGAAGGCUAAAGAGCGUAAUGCUGCUACAGGUGCUCCUGGCCCAGACCCGGACAUCAUACCUGAUGAAUAUCUCGAUACUACCGAACCGGACCCUGAUACGCAACAGCAACAGCAACCACACCAACAAGCAGUAGCAGUACAUACAGACCCUGGGGAACAUAGAGGCGGAAAGUCCUGUGUCUGCUGCUAGUGGGUUUUUGAAUGUCUCGAGUACUUCGGUCAUAUCGUCGAUCUUGUUAUGAUAUCUGUAUCGACUUGAAGCAGUAUUUUAUUGAUAGGUGAUUGAUUGAUCAGUACAUCCUAGUUAGAUGGGGUGACGCUUACAGGGGCGCGCCCAUGACACCAAUAAGAUAGGGCACGAUAUGGCUCACUUAUAAGCGAUGUGCGUCUUGAUAGAUCGCUUUGUUAUUUUGACUUAAUACUUUUUGA